UUCCCUUCUCAUUUAAGACCCCUCCCUUUACUCUUCUCUAUCUUUCCCCUUUUUAGAACUACAUAGGUUGUUAGUUUUGUACUAGUUUCAUCACACAUUUUUGGUGGCCAUGGGUUCUAUGGGCAACCCUAGCAACACCAAUUUGCCACCAUAUAAUGCUUAUAGAGAUUGUUCACAAGGCAUUUGUAGCAUAUAUUGCCCACAAUGGUGUUACAUAAUAUUCCCUCCACCACCUCCAUUCCAAUCCGACGAUGAUGAUUCCGGCAUGAAUUUCUCUCCUCUCAUCAUCGUGGUGAUUGGAAUCCUCGCGAGUGCUUUCCUUUUGAUAAGCUACUACACAAUCAUCUCCAAGUAUUGUAAAAGGGGAGAAAACCAAUUGAAUCCGUCUCCAGAAUCAGAAAUCCGGAAUCAAUCAACAACUCAUGACCAGUUGCAUCAUGCGACUACUGGCCUAGAUGAUUCAUUGAUCAAGUCCAUCGCGGUAUGCAAAUACAGAAAAGGUGAUGGAAUUGUAGAUGGAACUGAUUGUGCAGUAUGUCUGAGUGAGUUUCAAGAAGGUGAGAGCUUAAGAUUGUUGCCAAAAUGCAAUCAUGCAUUCCAUCUCCCUUGUAUUGACACAUGGCUUGGAUCUCAUUCCAAUUGUCCGCUAUGCCGAUCCCAUGUCAUGCCCGGAAUACCAGUUCCAUUCCAACGACCUAUGGAAUCACAAAUUACAUCUUCCAAUUUUAAUGUAUCGUCUGUUGUGUUUCAAAGGAGGAAUGAUCUUGUUCUCGUUGUGGAAGAUAUACCACGGGAUGAUCAUAGUGAUGCAGUUGUUGUCAACGUCGUCACGAAUGAGAUUUUACCAAAAUACCCUUUUCAUGAAGUAGAUUGCAACGUUGAUUGGACGAGGAUUCCCAUGAACAUGGGAAUUGGAAAUGACGAAGAUGUUCAAGAAAUUAGAAGGUCAACUUCAUUGGGAUCAGUGUCUUGUGAAAAUCCAAAUAUUUUGAUAGCUGAUAUACUACGGAAUGAAGAGGCUUAUGAUGAUGAUGAUCAUCAUCAUCAUCAUGAACAAGUGGGCCCAUCCAAAGUAGAAGAUAGUAAAUCAACAAAGAGAAGUAAUACAAUGAAGAGAUCUGUUUCCACAGGGAGAUUCAUGUUCACAAGGAAUGACAAAGGAAAAAAUUCUAUUCUACCCAACUGAGAACAGAAUUUAAAAUUUCAAUGUACAAAGAGAGAGAAUAUGAUUAUUAUCUAGAUUUCAUGACAUUCACAUGUUAAAAGGAUGCUUUAAUCCAUUGACAAAGAUAUGUUAUUACUAUUUUUUCCCCAUAAGUUAUAAAUUAUCAAUCUACAACAAUUCUGGUGACUUGUAAGUUGUGUUAUAACUUAUAACAUUUGUACAUAUUUUAAACUUGAUUUAUAUAAUCCAGAAAAUAAAUGAGUUGAAAA